AUGAAAACAUACAGCAGAAAGAAGGGUGAUAGCCCAAGUAAUGUUAUUAUUCACGUAAACGAGCUGUGCCGACUGUGCUUGGCCAAAGAGGAAGAGAUGGUGCCGAUUUACGAUGAUGACGCCGUUCCUAUGCCACUCCGUAUUAUGGCUUGUGUAAAUCUUGAGGUUUAUGAAGAAGACGGCUUGCCAAACAUGAUUUGCCACCCGUGCAAGUACCAACUGGAAAAGUCCUACCAGUUCAAAAAAAAAUGCGAAGCAGCUGACACAAAAUUGCGCAAGCAUUUGAAAUUGAUCCAGAAAUUAACAGGCUCGGAGGAUGAAUUAGAGGCCCAGGAAGGAGUAGAAGAUUCAGAAGGAGACACAGGCUCAGGAAAGUCGCGGCAAGUUAAGCAACUUCUCGCGGAUUUGGUAUCAACCAAGGGAGACGCGACUCAGAUCGACGGUGACCCGAUAGAAGUAACAGAAGAGGAGUUAGUGGGAGGUUACAUCCUGGGAAUGGGCGCUGAAAAUAUGGAGGCCGAGGAGAGUAUCUCCGAGGGGCCGUCAAACAUUACCCUGGUGCCGUCGGAGGAGAAAGCCGCUAAGGCCCGGUGCACCAUCCGUGCGACCCGCAUCAAGCAGGAGCACGAGUCUGAUGAUGAAGCUGAUGAGGUCCAACGAGCCAUCGCCAAUGCUGACAGGAAGAAUGUCUACAUGAUGGAGGUGACCAGUCACAGUGCUGGACAGACUGAGUCAAUGAAGCUGCAGCCUGUUGAAGAAUCUAUGGUCGACGCCAAUGAAGAGUUAAAGGUCUUCAAGUGCGACAAGUGCCCCAAAGCAUUCACUAGAAGAAUAAUGCUCAAGAGCCAUCAAUCUGUUCACUCUACUCAGAGAGGAUUCACCUGCCAAGCUUGCGAAAAAUGGUUCCCUACUCGGUCCGCGCUGAUCAGACAUGAGCGCACGCAUACUGGUAAAUUAUUUAUUUUUUAA